AUGAUAUUACUUGGGUACCUUGUAUUAGCGUUAACAACGGCAGCUGUAACGGUGGGCGAAGCUUCUGUAAGUAGUCAGGAAGUAGGCGGAGCCGGUAUGCAGGUGGCCCUGGAUGUGGGAGGAGCCGUGAAGCAGAUGAGCGUGGAUUUGGUUGGGGCCGUGGAGAAAGUGGGCGUGAUGGUGGGUCAGGUGGUUGAUCACCAUCUCAGUGGGUGUCACCUGGUGCUCAUCACCACCACAUCUCACUCACUCAUUACCACCAACAUACUCAGACGGCUGAGUGAGGAGGUGAAGAGUCGGGUGCUGGUGGAAGCGGGGAAGGUAUUGUUCCAGGACCAGCUGCUCCAGGACAAGCUCCUCCAGGGGCUGUGGGGCGACACUAGAACCACCUGCCGGGGACUCAUACUAGACAUCACUCACGCCAAUAAUACUGACUUAAUCUUAGGAUUUUUAGAACAAGAAAAGCUGUGGAAGUGGGCAGAAACUGGAGUGGUGGUGGUAGGAGGGAGAGCUGGAGUGAAGGAUGUCCUCCUUCAUCACAGUCUUCGCAACACCCUCCACGCCAUCUACCUGGCCCUCCACGACCUCACCCUCCACGCCAUCUACCUGGCCCUCCACAUUUCACAACGGCAUCGUCACUUUAUCUUCAGGAAACACACUGAUCACGAAGCGACUGUGAGAGGAGACUUGACGAUCUACCGGCGCUGUCUGUACUGCAACAACGGGAAGGCUGAGGUCCAGAACGUCAGUAUUAAUGCUGCUGCUUUUUCAGAUGAGCUGGAGAACCUGAGAGGUCACAGGUUCCGUGUUGUGACAGUUCCUUACUUCCCUUACAUGGACUACUACCUGAAGGGCGAGGAACGUGGAGGCCAGAUAUGUCCCAGAGAUUCACUCGACGUUCGGUUAAUCAACACGUUCGCUGCAACGAUCAAUUUUACCUUUGACAUAUAUGCUGAGCCUGACCGUUUCUUUGGCGACGAGAGAAACGGUAGUUUUACUGGGAUGAUCGGUCAACUGCAGCGCGAAGAAACAGACUUCAGCACCAUAGUGGCUCCUACAGCUGGUCGCCUCAAGGUGGUUGAAUUUCUGAAAGCGUACCCCUCUGAUGUGAUGGUUAUAACAUCUUUAAAACCUGCAUUGCUUCCUGCUUACCUUUCAAUAAUCAGACCUUUUUCUGAAGAGGUGUGGGCGGCACUGCUGUUAAGCAUGAUGGCGUGGGUCAUGAUUCUGUGGCUGCUACAGAGAGCAUGGUGGUAUGCUGCCGAUGGGCAAAAGGUCCAGUUUAUCAACGCCAUGCUAUACGGAUGGGGUGCGCUCCUUGGCCAGCCUCCUCCUGAUCCAUCCGUCAACUUGUCUGGCCAGAUGCUUGUUGGGUGGUGGCUUAUGUUUUGUCUGGUGAUCAGCGCAGUGUUCAGUUCUUCCUUGAUCGCUCACUUGACAGUCCAGGGUAAAUCUCCCACACUGGACAGCUUCCAGGACUUGAUCAAGCGGGACAACUGGAAAUGGGGAACUGAGCCUUGGCUGUUCGGCGGUGCAGCAUAUGAAUAUUUCGCCAAACAUACUGACCCUGCGGUGAACCGGGUUUAUAGAGGUAUGGAGGUGCUAGUGGUAGACGAAGCCCUGAAAAAGGUACUGGCAGGCAGGUUCUCCCUUAUAGACUUCAAGAACUACAUCAACGUGGUAGUUGCCUCCCGCUACACCGACGCCUUCGGUGUCACACCUUUCUAUAUCAGUAACAAAGGAAUCUCCGUCAUAGCCGUUUUCGGCUGGGGGCUGAGGAAAGUAUCCAGACUUACGCAAGGCUCGCCAUUUUACUCACGUUUUAUCCAGCUAAUGUCUCGGCUGGAAGACACUGGUAUAAUUAGCUACUGGACCGAGGACAUCAUGGCCAAACGAGUAAGAGAGAGCAGACUAGCGUCUUCACUGAACCUUCAGUUAAACCAGGCAAACGCUCUGCAGGGUGAUGACACGAAGGUAGUUCUGGGGCUCACUCACAUGCAAGGCGCCUUUUAUCUGUUCUUUGUCGGCUGCAGCGUUGCCUUCCUCACCCUUCUGGGGGAGAAGCUCACCCACUGGUUCUCCUCAUCUCAGCAACGCUCAUCGAAGCCUCGCCAGACCUCGGACCAAGAGGAUUCCGUAGUCCUAAUGAGCUCAUAA